AUGCGAACUCUGAUCUUGCUUGCCGCGGUUGCGGCCGUCCUCUAUGCGGAGGUCUUCCGCAUGCAGACCCGCAAAUCGCCAUCCAACAUCGCCCGCAUGAUCAAGGCCGGAACAUACCGUGACUUCUUGGCCCAAAAGCAUGCCCGCAGAGCCGUGCUUGCCUCGGGUUCGCAACCCUUCCUUGACUACUACGAUGACUUCUACCUUGGAAACAUGUCGCUCGGAACUCCUCCCCAGCAAUUCACCAACAUCGUGCUUGACACUGGAUCAUCCAACUUGUGGGUGAUUGAUGCUGCUUGCAAGUCCCAAGCCUGCAAGGGAUACCCCGACUCUGGCUACACCAAGAAUCAGUAUGACAGCACCAAGUCGAGCACCUGGGUGAAGGAUGGACAGCGAUUCUCGAUUCAAUACGGAUCCGGAUCGUGCUCUGGAUACCUUGGAGAUGACACCUGCUCAUUCGGAGGACUCACCAUCAAGGACCAAAAGUUCGGACUUUCCCAAACCAUCGCUGAGGUCUUCGGAUACCAACCAGUUGACGGAAUCCUCGGACUUGGCUGGCCAUCACUCGCCGUUGACAAGGUCGUCCCACCCAUGCAAAACUUGCUUAACCAACUCGAUCAACCAAUCUUCACCGUGUGGAUGGACCGUGUCAAGGACCAUAUUCCCAUGGGAGAGAACGCCGGUUUGAUCACCUAUGGUGCUCUCGACCCAGUCAACUGUGAUGCCACCGUCACCUACACACCUCUCUCGUCCACCACUUACUGGCAAUUCCCCAUCGACGGAUUUGCCGUCGGAAGCUACAAUGCCGCCAAGAAAGACCAAGUCAUCUCUGACACCGGUACCUCAUGGAUCGGAGCCCCAUCCGCCGCCAUCCAAGGAGUCGUCAAGGCCACCAAGGCUCAAUACGACUUCUCAAACGAGUUGUACUACGUCAAGUGCACCCAAAUGGAGCAGCUUCCCGAUCUUGUCUUCACCAUCAGCGGACAACAGUACAACGUAAAAUCGGUCCACUACGUCGUUGACCUUGAGCUCGGAAAUGGAAACUGCGCUUUGACUUUCUUCGAGAUGGACGGAGGUGGCUUCAACCCCGCUUGGAUCCUCGGAGACACUUUCAUCCGUGCCUGGUGCAACGUCUACGACAUCGGACAAAAGCGAAUUGGAUUUGCCCUCGCUAAGCAUAAGAAUGCU